AUGAGCAAAAUCUUUGAUUUCAACUCUGCAUUUUCCUUCAUAGUUCGGACGCAAUUGACCUAUGAAGAAGCUUUUCAUGCACUUUUUAAGGCGUUGCAACAAGUGGAAGAUCGAUUGUCACAUCAACGAUAUUUAAUUUCUGGUGUGAGACAUUUGACAGAAGCAGAUAUUCGUUUGUUAGUGACCUUGUUGAGAUUUGAUGCAGUCUAUUAUACACAUUUCAAGUGUAAUUUGAAAACGUUGAGAUUUGGAUUUCCAAAUUUGCAUAAUUACAUGAAAGAUGUUUUUCAAUCCUUUGAUGGAAUUUUGAAAUUGACCUUUGACGUGGAAAAAACCAAAAAACAUUAUUUUGGAUCUCACCGAAAAAUUAAUCCGACUGGAAUUGUUCCUUUGGGACCUGAAUUAGAUUUGGAUUCUCCUCCUCAACACAGAGAGAUGCUUUAG